UUUUUUCCAACGAGGAAAGGAACUCAGCUACCAGGACUCCUUCCUCAACUCGGAACUGAAGAUGGAAACUCGUAUAAUUUUAGGGGUUCUUCUGUCUAUCUGCAGCCUCUCCCUUAGUCAAGAAUGUAGACGACAACUUCUGGAGGAUGUAGAUUUCCCUGGAUCAGACAUCCAAUUUGUCUUCUCUCCCGAUGUUGAUCACUGUCAGCAACUUUGCACCCAGCACCCGGCCUGUCUCUUCUUCACCUAUCUCCCUGCUGAGUGGACCCAAGACAACAGGAACUUCUACUGCUACCUCAAGACCAGUUUGUCUGGAGAGCCUGAUGUGCAGAAUCCGGUGCAGGGGGUCACCUCUGGAUUUUCUCUCAAGCCCUGCAACCCAGAUCCCAAGCCUUGUCUGCCUCAGAUGUACCCUGACCUGGACUUCCCAGGUGCUGACUACAGAGCCUUGUUUACAGAAGAUGCUGAGGAGUGUCGCAGGGCCUGCACACAGGACCCUGCCUGUCAGUUUUUCACUUUCCUAAAUGAAGUCUUCACACUAGAAAACUUCAGGUACAAGUGCCACCUUAAAUUCAGCUGGUCAGUGCCAACACUUCCAAUUGUUGAAAGAAAAGCUGGUUUAGUGUCUGGAUUCUCCAACAAAGUAGGAGCAUUUCAGGAGGGCAAACCAGUAUGUCAGGGAAAGCUUUUUCCAAACACCGACAUCCCAGGAAAUGACGUAUUGGUUCUUCCAGCUGCCUCUCCUGAACACUGUCAGAAUCUGUGCUCUGCUCACACAGUCUGCGCCUCCUUCACUUUUGUCAGUAAUGACUUCAAUUGUUACCUGAAGGAAAAUGAGAAUGCAAUGAUUCUCAAAGAAAAAGAUGGAGUUGUAUCUGGACUACCGGCACGCUUCUGUUGGCCAGAUAACAGCUGGGUUAACGUUGCUCUCGAAGGAGUAGAUUUCCCUGGAAGUGACAUUCGCAAUGAACCGAUCGAUGACUCAGCCUCUUGUCAGAGGACCUGCAAUGAGGAUGCUAACUGCCAGUUCUACACCUAUCUCACGGCAGACUUCCCCGACAUUAAUUUCAGGCGCCGCUGCUUCCUCAAGCGUGCCAUCACCAUGCCCGCUCCUCCUGAAGUCGCCAAAGUGGACAAUCUUGUAUCAGGCUUCCAACUGAGGAACUGCGUGUGAAUUGAUACAGAAACACAGACGCUGUUUUUAAUAUGGCCACUUGAUCUGUUGUUCCUGAAAUCAGUUGACUGCAUUUUAAGCUGCAAAUGAUUUUUUUUUUGUGUGUAAACAAGCGCAAUAAAAUAUGGAACAUUUGUU